AUGGCUGACAGGCGCUACAAUGAAUCACUUAUCGGCAACCCAGGACGUCUUGAGUACCAUCCCUUGGAUGUGCGACAGGCGGAAGAUCAGGGUUGGCUGAGCGUACGAAAGCACGAGGCCAACGAACCUCAAAUCAGAGAGCUGGGAUCUCAUCAGGAGUGGCCUGCCUCUACAUUUCAUACAGUACCACCGGUCAUUCCGCAAGGCACUUGGCACGAGAACCGAAGGCAGAAACAAUGGCUCUUGAAAAACCAUCCAGAAGCUGCACUCGGAAACGACGAGCUUCGAGAUAUCUUGGCUGAUGAAAGUCCUUCGAGCAACAGGCCCCAUAUGCCACCAUGGGAACUGACUCAGUUUGCCAUUGGCGAGAUGACAGAUACCAUUAAUGGCCAAAAGCCUGUUGGUGUACCACUCAUUGCUAUGGCCACAGGCUCUGCUGGAGAUGUUCUGCGGUUCACCCGUCCUGCAGCAAAACAAUGGCACCUCGAUUCCAACGGCACGGUCGGUUCACUCCUAGAGCCGGACAAGUACCAGGAAACUCUCUGGAGCAAGGAUGUAGGGACGAUUCGUCGCAUUCAAACUGUUGUGAAUACCAAGAGAUUCGAGCCGGUCCGAUGGGUGGUCGUACAAAGGGAAUCUGUCACAUCUGUAUUCCGCCCCGAAUAUCAACGAGUCCCCGUCGUCUCAGAGACAUUCUCCGGAACCGGUCCGCAGUAUCCCUCGCAUAUUGCCCCCAACUUACUUUUCAAAAUAUCGUACCGCGAUACCGGUUGCAAUCCUCAUUGCGAUGCGGCUUUCAACCCAGGAAUCAAAUCAAAGCGGCCUCAGCUUGCCAUAAUCGAUGAAGGUGGCGAGUGGACAGUCUGGGAUAUAUCAGGAACCCGCAAUCGGACCUACAAGCAUCCACGGACGCGUCUCAGUGUCUGUGGUAACAUUCGCGCCGGUAUUCAUCCGCGACCAUCCGUCGUGCCAACUACUCUGCCCCAGUGGCAUCGAAUCUUCUGGGUGGGUGGUCCGGAUCCCAACUAUGAAGAUUAUGCAGAUGACGAUGCAUCUGCAUUCCAAUCAACGUCCAAAUUUCCUCCUCUUGAACGUUCGUCAAUUUUGCUUCUUUGCAAUCAGAAAUCGCUACGGUUGAUGAAUUUAGAGAAGAAUGAGUUUUUGCCAGACGUACAAUUCUUUUCCGAUUCCAGCAAAGACGCGAUCCUUGACGUGCAAGUAGAUCCCCAGGACCGGCGAUACUUCUACGUUGCCACGACCUCUCGAAUUUUUGUGGUCACGGUCAACGCCUCGAAUGAUCCCACAAGUCAAGCCAUCGCCGAAGAAGCCUCAAUAAUCCACUCGUUCCCGCAUUUGAGGAGUAAGCUUGACAAGAAGCUGAAGCUGAUGAUAACCUCUGAACCUUUGUCAAAGCCGGACAGAAACGCCCUUGUCGUGCUCUACUCAGAACACAGCAAUUGGCAGGACGUCUUUAGCAUCAGAUUCCCCAGGGAGCCGGCCGGCACAAUCUCUUGUCACCACGGAUACCUUGUCACUCAAGACGUUCGACCAAGCUUUCACGGCGGAGGGUUGCAGACAUUUGCUUUGAGUAGGAUUUCGCAUUCCAACGAACAGUCAAUUGCGGGUAAUAUCGCGCCUAUGAAAUCAAGCAGCAAUACAUGUUACUUCCAAAUGUUCUCAUUCAGGGCGGAUCUCAGUCUGAGCUACUGCCUCGGCGUGAGCACAACGAAUAAAUGGGACCAGAAGACGAUGACAGUCCAACGCGUGCCUGAAGUUGACUACACGGACGCUUCUGCCAAAGAAUUAGGUAAAGCGACCAAACUUGACAGACUUUCGCGUCAAGACAUUGAACGUCAACGGGCCGUGCGUUAUCUAAGCACGCGUUUUAUACUUGCCGACAGCAUCGCAGUUUUUCGGUACAGAGGUGAUAAUAGCGUUACGGCAAAGAGAGCUGCUCGGAGAACCUGGAAACCUGCGAUGGUUCGACGAAUGAUACAACCCGUCCACGCUGCGUUCUCUGAAAUGCUGGCGAAACUCUGGGCUGAAGGCACCGAGGAUGUAGAAGCACUGGAUGGUUUUGGAGAAGCUCCAUUUGAUCCAGUCUUCAUUUUGGUCCAAGAAGCCAUGGAAACAAGAACUCUGGCAAGAGUCGCAUUAUCGGAUAUUGUAAAGGAUUUCCGCGUUCCCGAAGACUAUAAGGAAGCAAGUCGGGAAUGGGAGGCCGAGAUUGACCAAUUCCGACAAGUCGAUCCGAGUUUACAGAUUUCUCUGCUCGACAGACCACUGCGCUUCUUUAGCAGUGACAGAACGCUAGAAGAGCUGUUCUGCACCCUUGUGAGAAUCACUCUAGGGGCUGAUCCUUUGGAGCUUGCUUCAGAUGACACCAACGGGCUCAAUUUUAUAGUACUGUGCCGAAUUGCUUGCGAACUAUACCUGGCUCGUACUGGCAUGACGUACCUUGAACCAGACAUACUAGAGCCCAUCAAAAGUCAGACAGCCGAUAUUCGCUCAUCACCCCCGCUCAUGUCAGAUAAUACGCUCGUUGAUGGCCAGGACAACUACAGCUCAGCCUUUCGGUCCUCUAGUUUUGCCCCCGGGAGCCAAGCCAGCAGUCGCGCUUCCACGCCAACUUCUAUCAUUGGCUCUACCGUGACUGAGACUGCUAGAACUGGUAAUGAAGGGAUUGGCCUGAUUCGAGCUCUUACGAAUUCCGGAGAUGUUGGAACUCAGAGGCUACGACUUCCCACGCCCUGGGAUGUAGGCGGAGACCCAUCGAGUACCUUUUUCAAUGUCGACAAUAACACGGAGAUCACGGAAGGAAUGCGCAGAAGAGCCAAGCAAGAAGCUCGGGAAGCACGUAAGCGCAAACGAGCCGAGACUCUUUUCCGGUUGCAAGAAGAGCACAAUCUGCUACCAUCAACCCAGCCAGUCACCAGGACUGGGUUUUCCACUCAAGUCAGUCAGCCCAUGACCGAUUUUUCCUCGCAGCCGCGCUUCUUAUCGUCCACACCGGCUGUUGCCAUGUCUCAACCGACGGCUGGCGCUUUUGGUGGACGAUCCAUGGAGAGGCCAAAGAAGAAGCCAAAGCGCAAGGGUGGUUUCUAG